AAACGUUUAAAGCAGCUGAUAUCAUAUCACAGGGCUGAAGGCUACAGCUCAGAAGAGCCCCGUCUCUUUUUCUACCAAAUAAACUGAAUUUGGGGUCCUCAUCAUUUAGCAGCCCAUCAUGGAUCCAAGGCGACAAUUUUACCUUUUAUACAAAAAGCCCUACCCCCUUUGUCGGGUGCCACAUUUCGCAUUCAAUAGGAGAAUAUUAGCCUCACAUACCGGCUCAACCCAGCGCUAUAUAGCUAAUGUUCGGUCCCUCUCCAAACCGCGUGUCUUUCCAAGGUUAGGGUGGGAUGAUAUCGACCACUCCAUACUGGUUGAAGAGGAGGCUAUUCCUACCUAUAAACCCGAAAGAUUCUAUCCAGUCUACAUUGGAGAAGUUCUGAAUCAUCGGUAUCAAGUGGUCGGCAAACUGGGCUACGGAUCAACGGCAACAGUAUGGUUAUGUCGUGACCUCUUGAACCAUUGCUAUGUAGCAUUGAAGGUCUACAUAGCCUCAACAUCAACUACGCAAGAAAUCGCAGUUUACGACCACCUAAAGACCAUCCAAUCCAACCAUGCAGGCCAGUCAUGCCUCCGACCAUUGAUCGAAAUAUUCCAGGUCAGCAAUCCAGACGGACAUAGGAAUCAUACGUGUCUUGUGCAUCCACCUCUUGGGAUAAGUCUCGAUCAGCUCUUGCCGCUACUCCCCGACAAGGUCAUGAGUAGCGCUAUGGUGAGAACUACCAUGCGAAAUGUCCUCGCCGCGCUGGAUUUCCUUCAAACCGAGGCGCGGGUCAUACAUACAGAUAUCCAGCCCAACAACAUCCUCCUGGGAAUCAAAGACAAUACAAUCCUCUCACAGUUUGAAGACGCAGAAUUUGAAGCGCCCAUACCACGAAAGACCCUCGAAGAUCGUACAAUCUACCUCUCACGACCACUCCCUAUUUCCUACGGCACCCCUAUUCUCUGCGACUUAGGCGAAGCUCGACUCGGCACUGACAAUCAAACGGGCGAUAUCAUGCCAGACAUCUAUCGGGCACCGGAAAUCAUUCUGAACAUGAGCUGGGACUACAAAGUCGAUAUCUGGAAUGUGGGAAUGGUGAUCUGGGACCUAUUCCAACACAGCCACCUAUUCCGCGCUCGAAACCCCCAAGGUAAACUAGACGAUGAACAACACCUCGCCGAGAUACAAGCAGUCUUGGGAAGUCCUCCUCCCCAAUUCCUCGCUCGAAGUGAGAGGAGCAAACGAUUCUGGGAUGAAAAUGGCCAAUGGAAAAGCCAAGUACCGAUCCCGAACUCCAAUCUCGAGUCCCGAGAAGAAAGACUAGAAGGUGACGAGAAAGAGGAUUUUCUGCGCUUUCUUAGACGAAUGCUACGAUGGUUACCGGAAGAAAGAGCCACCGCAAAGGAACUUCUGUUUGAUCCGUGGUUGAUGCGUGGGCUUUUUAAAUGAAGCCGGACAUGGAGUAAUUUCUUGACCCUUAGCAGAUUAUUGCCACCUCUCCACUCUGUUCGAUAGGUACUUGGUCGUUCUUUUGUGGGUACUUGGAAGGAUUAGAUGGCUGUACUUGUAAUAGAAUGGAC